AAAUUCCUUUCACUUUUCUCUCUCAUUUUCAUGGCCAUGGCAAUCCUAGUCGUCGUUCCGGCGUCGUCAUCAUCCACCAAAACCACCAAAACCUACACCAACUUUGUGAAAACCUCAUGCAACUCCACCACUUAUCCAUCCAUCUGCUUAACCUACCUCCUCCCUUACGCCACCGCCGUCAAAUCAAACCCACAAAGGUUGGUCAAACAUGCCCUCUCCGCCACCCUCAAAUCCGCCGCCACCACCCGCGUCACCGUCCUCAAACUAGCCAAGGCCAAGAACAUUACCAAGGGCGACGCUGCUGUCCUCAAAGACUGUGUCGAAGAGAUCCAAGACUCCAUUGAUGAAAUCAAGAACUCACUCAAGGCAAUCUCCAGCCUUAAAUCGUCUGCUAACAAGAAGUUCGUGAUUUCUAACGCACAGACAUGGACGAGUGCCGCCAUCACCGACGAGAACACCUGCAUUGACGAAUUCUCCGAGGAAAACGUCAGUCCGGCGAUCAAAAGUAAGAUUAGGAAUAGUAUCAUUCGUAUUGCAAGGCUUAGUAGCAACGCAUUGUAUCUCAUCAAUCAUCUCAACAUCUAA